AUGCAUCAUCGAUGUGCUCCAAAAUGGAGGCACCAUCAAGAGCUCCAAAAUGGAGGCAAAUAUCAUCUUGAAAAUAAAAAAUUCACGUACAAGGAAUUGGAGUUCAUUACUGAUAACUUUAGCAAGAUCAUCGGAGAAGGAAGGUUCGGAACUGUUUACUAUGGCCAUUUGGAAGAUGCUACUAAAGUUGCUGUCAAGUUGCUAAUCAAAUCAUCUUCACAAGGAAAAGAAGAUUUUCUUUCUGAGGCUGAACAUUUGUCAAGGGUCCAUCACAAGAAUUUGGUUUCUUUGGUUUGUUAUUGCAUGGAUGAAGAUCAUUUGGCACUCCUAUACUCCGAUUUUGCUGGAUGCUUAGAUAGUAGAAGAUCUACUUCAGGCUAUAUUUUUAUGCUUGCUAGAGGGGCUAUAUCUUGGAAGAGCGUCAAGCAGAUGCUAAUAACCACUUCUACUAUGGAGGCAGAGUUGAUAGCAUGCUAUGACGCGUCUAAUCAAGGGAUUUGGCUGCAGAACUUCAUCACAGCAUUUCAGAUCAUUAAUGGCAUUGACAGACCACUGAGGAUCUACUAUGAUAAUAAAGCCGCAGAAUUUUAUGCCAAGAACAACCGCAGUUCGUCGAAGUUUAAACAUAUCGACAUCAAGAGGCCGAUGAUGACUGAUUUGGUGAUGGAGCUAAAGGAGUGCUUGGCAAUGUACACUAAUGGAGAUAAGAUGUUGGAAGCACUGAGAAGGUCCUUCGGCUCCAGUUCAGAUCCCCUGUCCCCAUUUUCCUCUGUCCUCGUAUCACAUUAUCGAUUCGACGGAUCAGAUUAA